AUGGACGCGGCACGUGUCAAGCUGGACGGCCUGGCGCUGCAGUCGUCCGAGCUGGAGGACUCACUGGAGGCGCAGCGAGGCGCGAGCCAGCGACUCGAGCGCUCCUACGCCUCGACGCUCGGCACGCUGCGCAAGCUGCGCGCUGCCGAGGUGGUGCUCUCGACCCUCAUGACGCGGGCCACUGCGAGCGGCGCCGCCCACGAGUGGACGGCUGCGGUGGCGCGGCUGCUGCUGCUCCACACCGUCGUCACCGCGCACUCGGCUCGCGACGGAGAGGCCGGGGAGGGUGGCGACGCGGCCGAGGAGCAGCGGCUCGGCGGCUCGCUCGCCGUUUUGGUGGGAGAGAUGCUGAGGAGGGCGGUGGAGCCACUCCGGGCUGCGGCAGAGGAGCGGCUGGGCGAGGCGGUCAAGGCGACGGGCUGGCCUGCGGCGCCGGCGGCGAGCGAGGAGGCGCCCUCGCUGCGCGAGCAGAGGCUCGGCGAGGUGAGGCGGGCCGUCGGGGAGGUGCUGCUGCUCCAGUUCUGCGAGUGGGCCUCUUCCGGCGGCGGCGAGGGCGAGGGCGGCGGCGGCGAGGGCGAGGCUGCCGGCGAGGGCGAGGGCGGCGGCGGGCUGUGGGCGCUGGAGGCGUUUGUGCAGCCACUGCUCAAGCGGUUCCGGUACCACUUUGAGGGGCGGCGCGAGACCAACCGGGCGAGGCUAAGCCAGAAUUGGGGCCUUCCCCCGCAUUGCGUCGCCGGCAAAAUGCCCUUCG